AUGAAAGCUAUGAUAUUUGUUGUUCUCUACCUAGCUGCCUUUAGUGCUGGAACAGAAGUGCUUAAAGGUUCUUUUUUACAGAGAGACGUCGAGAAUCUUUCUGAGUCCUUUAUUCAAACUGCUUUAAAGUCAACAACUGAAGAAAACUUUAAUGAUAUGAGCCAAAUACAAUCAAAUGUCUUUAUAGAAAGAAAAGCAACUAGCUAUGACCCUGAUGCUAUAAAAAGUAGUAGUUAA